CCUGACGGAUCUGGGAUUCAGCUGCUGCUUUUUCAGUUUGAAACCUUUGUAAUUCAGCUGCUCCUUUUUCAGUUUGAAAGCUUUCCGUUUUACCACCACCAUGAGUGCCGGAGGAGGGACGCCCUACAUUGGCAGUAAAAUAAGUUUGAUAUCCAAGGCACAGAUUCGUUAUGAGGGAAUCUUGUCUUCGGUGGAUACAGAAAGGUCCACGGUUGCUCUAGCUAAAGUGAAAUCCUACGGGACGGAGGACCGACACACGGACAGGCCGGUGCCGCCCAAGGAUGAAAUUUAUGAGUAUAUAAUUUUCCGAGGAGGUGAUAUCAAAGAUAUUACUGUGUCUGAGCCUCCAAAACCCCACCAUGGACUCCCCCGAGACCCUGCUAUUAUCCAGUCAUCCAUGGGCGGUUCUGCUGCCUACCACCCUCGCUGGGCUCCGUACAGAGACAUGAUGCCCACCUUCAACCAGCUGGCAGCUACGUCUCUGCUCAACCAGCAUGCAGCACUGGGCCUAAUCCCAGGGCUGCAGGGCCCGGCCCGGAGAGUCCCCAUGGUAGAGCAGGCCGUGCAGACCGUGCCCCCGGCUGCUGCUGCUGCUGCAGCUGCACAGAGGAAGGGCAAGGCUUCCAGUCCCCUGCAGAGCCGGCCGCCUGCUCCGUCCACCCAACGCUCUCUUCAAGUGGAGAAGGAGAACAUCCCCACUGGUCGGGCAGUAUCGGGGCCGACGACGGCAAAAGCUCAAGACCCGAGCACUGAGAACCAGAAGAGACGGCAGAAAAAAGCGAGCCGGAGGGCCAAGACCAGAAGUAGAGGCCAAAUUUCAGCAAAGAGCUCCAAGGGAGCUACGCUGGAGUUUGAGUCCGAUUUUGACUUUGAAACUGCAAAUGCUCAGUUUACAGACGAUCUCACGAAGGAGGUUGUUGGGGAGAAGGAGACUUGUGGGGAGAGCCUGGACGCACCAGAGGACACUCUGGCAGAGAAGUACUACGACAAAAGCAAGUGCUUCUUUGAGAACGUCCCCUCAGAUCUCAAGACCAGGAGAACCACCUGGGCAGAGGAGAAGAAGUUGAACAUUGAAACGUUUGGCGUGCCGGGACGCUUCCUGAGAGGCCGAGGCUUCGCCGGCCGUGGACGUAAAGGGCAGACGGGCCCCGAGCAGCGAGCGCUCCCCAAGGCCGCCGGGAGAGAGUGAAGGCUCCUUUAGUUGAAGUUAUUGUAAAUAUUAGUUUUGGUUUUCUCCCUUGCUGAAAUGCAUUAUUUUCUUUCUUUAGUCCAAAGUGUAUUUGGAGAACAUUGGCCUCUAGAUCCUUUACAUAAAAUGGGAGAAUUUCUUUUAAAGCCAGCAGCUGUGAAUUAAAAGAUGAACCGGUAGGUCUGUAAGCAGCGAU